CGUGAAUGAAUCCAGUAUCCACACUCAAACUACUGUAUCUCCUUCGUUUCUGCCAACCUCUUCUCAUGCCGUCAGCCUCAAUCCCCUGACUUCUACCGCCUCAAUGCGUCGAGCGGCUGCUGUCGCCCUCCGUACGGCUCGACGCUCCGCCUUUCGCAAGCUUCUUCACAAGACAUCCAUCUCGACGUCCGGCCAUGUAGUGGCACCUGCGCAUCCUUCCACAGCUAUACGAAGAUAUAGCACAUCUCGGCAACCAUUGCAGGCUUCCAUGCGUUUUCCGAAAUUACCUCUUGCGUUCGUUGGCACACUCGGGGCGCUUGGAGCGUGGUACGCCUACAGGGGUGAUGGGUCAGAGCAACUGCUCCGCAACCCAACUUCGCAGGUAUCAGUAACACCUACAAGGACUUUGAGCACGAAGCCAGAUAUCGCCUCGCCUACUGCAGAACCUACUACGCCAGCACCUGUAACGGCAGGACAAGAAGCAAACCGGAAGGCCCUGGUCGUCGAUAACGACCAGUUCUUCACAGGGGCAAUUGUUGGUGAAGGGCCGCUCGCGAAAGAUACGGAUGAUUACGGUAGAAAAGUCCUCGAGAUGAUGACCCCAGAACAAGCCACAGACAAAUUAAGGAAGAACGAACAGUCCUUCCUUGUAGGACGAGGACGUGGUGUUGUCAGAUAUGAUGUGGUCCAAUUACCAAGCAAUGACCCUAUCGAGGAUGACCAUGCUGAGAAGAUUGUCGAAGUUCCGAACACUGUGGCAGCCACCGAUGGUGCUCCAUCCUCUGACUGGAUGUUUUGGGGGGUAUUCGAUGGCCAUUCAGGCUGGACAACGUCAGCGAAAUUGCGCCAGGUUUUGAUCUCGUUUGCGGCACGCGAACUCAACAGCACCUACAAAGCUGCCCUCGAGAACGCCAAAUCACCAUUCCCACCUCCGGCAGCUAUUGACCAGGCUUUGAAGUCUGCCUUUCUCAAGCUCGAUAACGAAAUCUGUCUUGACAGUGUGAACAAACUCAACAAGAACCCAAGCAAAAGGCUCGCGGCUGAAAUCCUGGCGCCGGCGCUGUCUGGCUCGUGCGCCCUUCUCUCGUUUUACGAUUCCAGAAGCAAGUCACUACAUGUAGCUUGCACCGGUGAUAGCAGAGCUGUGCUUGGACGCCGAAAUGGGCAGACUGGAAAAUGGUUUGCCACACCUUUGUCGGAGGAUCAGACUGGUUCGAAUCCCAACGAAGUAGCACGGAUGCGAGCGGAGCAUCCUGGUGAGGAAUAUGUCAUCAGAGCUGGCCGCGUGCUCGGAAACCUGGAACCAAGCCGUGCCUUUGGCGAUGCCUUCUACAAGUGGUCACGCGAGACGCAAGACCGGAUAAAACAGCAUUUCUUCGGACGUACGCCGCAUCAGCUUCUCAAGACGCCACCUUAUGUCACGGCAGAGCCUGUAGUAACGAGCACAGACAUUGAGCCUUCGAAGGGUGACUUUGUGGUUUUGGCCACGGACGGUCUCUGGGAGAUGUUGACCAACGAAGAAGUGGUUGGUCUGGUGGGGCAGUGGAUUGAAAAGCAGAAUAAGCAGGCUGCGAAGUCUUCGAACUCGAACACGGCUUGGCUGACUUCCUGGUUCCAAUCAACAAAUACAGAUACCCUUCCGGUCGAAAAAGGUGGAAACAUGGACAAGACCGGCCGCAUCGACACUGGCAAAGAUGGGAAUCGGGAGAAGCCCAUACGACAGCAGCAGUGGGACGUGAAACCGGAAAAGAACGGAAGAUUCGUUGUCGAAGACAAGAAUGCGGCGACACAUCUUGUGCGUAAUGCGCUGGGUGGAAAGGACAAGGAUAUGGUUUGUGCGCUACUCACAUUGCCGAGUCCUUACAGUCGACGAUACCGAGACGACUUGACGGUCGAAGUCAUCUUCUUUGGAGAGGGCGAGGACACUGGUGCGGUUGUCAUCAACAGUGAAGCAACCGCCCAAGAAAACAAUGGAGCUUUGAAGGCCAAAUUGUGACGAAACCAGGGGUACAGUUGAACCGUCGUCACACAGACUUCGGAGCGACUCUGUAUGUCUGAAAUUGUUUUGUUGCACUAGAUGUGCUUAUGACUACAUAGAUGUGGUAUUGUAACGAUAGUUCGAAGACGCCUUCAGCCUACCGACCUUUUUCUGCCGCCUGAGGAAAUGACGGACGUGACAGAACUCGAUCCCUACUCACAUGAUGCAGGGGGUUCCUAUCAGAACCGUUGACACCACCUCGGGCAGGUCAUUGCAUCUGGUGCGAUCCUAAAGGGUUCAUUGACGCCUUUCACCGCACUCCCGU